AUGUUUCCAGAAUGCCCGGACGACGGCUUACUGGUGUACGUGAAUAUGACGGAAUCCAAUUGGACUCAGUACCAGUUAAGCAGGAUAGGAGCCAAAUCGCUUGUUGAGUGCGUCCGUAAAUGCUACGAUCAGCCGCACUGCUUCUCGCUGAAGUACCACGAAAUUGAGGAUCCACUAAGCUGCCAGCUAACAAGCUUUAGCACUAACGUUAACUGUGCCCAUCUCACUCUGGUGCCAGCUGCUGAUAUUCGGCAUGAUAGCCGCACGCUUAUCACCAUCGAAUGCAUUACAUGUCGCACAAGAGGAAAGCCUCAUAAAACGCAUCGAUGCCUCAACGAUGUAUUGUUUAUUGUCAAGGAACUCAGUGAUUCAGCGAAUCUCGAUUUUCUGGAUGAAGCAAUUCAUGCCAAUUCGGUUAAGAAUUGUGCUGAGAAGUGUUUCGAAAAUUGCUGUCAGACAGCUGUGUACGUGCCAGCCGAAAAGAAAUGCCGUUUCACCAGAAAAGACAUAACGUUCAGCAUGCGUAGCGCUUGUGACGCGAAUCCAUUAAGUGCCUACGUCAGCCAGUACAAUGCACGAGAUGAUAUCGACAAACAGAAACCGGAAAAACCGGAAGAAGUGUUGAAUAUCGAUGAAGUGCCGGCAACUGUUGCUUCCGGUAAAGGUGAACUGGCAUCUGAUAAGGAAGGGUUGACUAGUACCACAGGCUUGCCUGGAACAACGCUCAACGAGCGAGGUGAGUUAGCAAAAUAUACACGUUCGUGGCUGCCCUUAACGAUGGGAGAGGGUAGGGUCACUCACCCUACCCUCUUUCUGUUUAUUUUGACUCACGUAUUUCAAUGCAGGAACAGUGACCAAUGCCAUAGUGAUAGGUAA